CAAUUCCAAAUAGAAGUUGCAUUCCGGUAAGGAAUAUCAUUUUAGUAUAUACUUCACACGUUUCUUCCUCAUAUAUCAAACUAUAAGUCAACAGUUUUACUAAUUGAUUUUUCCCUUCAGACAUAUUUUAAGAUAACUUUUAAGCCUUUAGCUGAACUUAACAUAUUUUAAGAUAACUUUUAGGCUUUACUUUCACAUUUCUAUGUAUCCUUUUCAUACACGUAAGUAGUUAUCUACUAAUGAUGCUGCCAUAUUUCAAUUUUUUGUUAGGAAAAAAUGUCUUGCAUCUCUAUCUCCUCUCCUAUUUUUAAAUCCUGCCUUAUUAAUAAAAUGAGAUGAAAAGUAAAACCAUGUUAUAAGAAAAUUCACAAGCAAGGCACUUCCUAUAGCUAACAAGUCUGAAACCUAAGUCUCGUUCCACUAGACACUAACUAGUCUGCUUCAGAUAUGCACUGAGAUCAUGGCUGAGAGUGCAGUGAGUUUUCUUCUCGAAAGGCUUAAACCUGUUUUUGUGAAUAAGUUGAAAUUGUUCACAGGGGUUGAAGCAGAAGUGAUAUAUCUGAAAGGACAGUUGGAGUUGAUAAGAGCCUUCUUAAGGGCUGCAGAUGCAUUUGAAGAGAGUGAUGAGGAACUCAAAGUUUGGGUUAGGCAAGUCAGAGAUGUUGUUCAUGAGGCAGAAGAUCUUCUUGAUGAAUUGGAACUGGUUCAGCUACAUAACCAUACAAAUGGACUCUCUAAUUAUCUCAGUAUCAGGAAUAUGAAAGCUCAUUAUCGGAUUGCACACGAGUUAAAAGCCAUCAACUCACGCAUGAAAACUAUUUCUUUAACUCGCAAGAGAUUCCUCAGUAAACUUGACACUGCUUCUGAGGCUUCAAAUUCCACUUAUACAGUUAACGCGUGGCAUGAUCAACGGGGAGACGCCCUUCUCCUGGACAACACUGAUCUAGUUGGAAUAGACAGGCCUAAAAAGCAGCUGAUCGGGUGGUUGAUUAAUGGUUGUACCGGACGAAAAGUGAUUUCUGUCACUGGAAUGGGAGGGAUGGGAAAAACUACUUUGGUAAAGAAAGUAUUCGAUGAUCCAGAAGUAAGAAAACACUUCAAAGCCUGUGUUUGGGUUACCGUUUCUCAAUCUUGUAAAACUGAGGAGCUUCUCAGAGACUUGGCCCGGAAGCUUUUUUCCGAAAUAAGGCGACCGAUUCCUGAGGGACUUGAAAGCAUGUGUAGUGAUAAGCUGAAGAUGAUCAUCAAAGACCUGCUGCAGAGGAAGAGGUAUCUAGUGGUAUUUGAUGAUGUGUGGCAAAUGUAUGAAUGGGAAGCUGUCAAAUAUGCAUUGCCUAACAAUAACUGUGGCAGCAGGAUCAUGAUCACUACACGAAAAUCCAAUUUAGCCUUUACUUCCAGCAUAGAAUCCAAUGGUAAGGUGUAUAACUUGCAACCCUUGAAAGAAGAUGAGGCUUGGGAUCUAUUUUGUAGGAACACUUUUCAGGGUCAUUCAUGCCCCUCACAUUUGAUUGACAUAUGUAAAUACAUCUUAAGAAAAUGUGGGGGUCUUCCCCUUGCAAUUGUGGCAAUCAGUGGUGUCCUGGCUACAAAAGACAAGCACAGGAUCGAUGAAUGGGACAUGAUUUGCCGUAGUCUUGGAGCUGAAAUUCAAGGCAAUGGUAAACUUGAUAAUUUCAAAACAGUACUCAACCUCAGUUUCAAUGAUUUACCUUACCAUUUGAAAUACUGUUUCUUGUACUUGAGCAUCUUUCCUGAGGACUAUCUGAUUCAGCGCAUGAGAUUGAUUCGCUUGUGGAUAGCAGAAGGAUUCAUUAAAGCCAAAGAAGGAAAAACAAAGGAAGAUGUUGCAGAUGAUUACCUCAAGGAGCUCCUGAACAGAAACUUGAUACAGGUAGCAGAGAUAACAUCUGAUGGAAGGGUGAAAACUUUGCGAAUCCAUGAUCUUCUAAGGGAGAUUAUCAUUUUGAAGUCCAAGGACCAAAACUUUGUAUCCGUUGUCAAAGAACAAAGCAUGGCAUGGCCAGAAAAGAUUCGGAGACUUUCGGUGCACGGCACAUUACCAUGUCAUCGGCAGCAACAUAUUCAUAGGUCAGGCUCUCAACUCCGUUCUCUCUUAAUGUUUGGUGUUGGAGAAAAUUUAUCUCUUGGCAAACUGUUUCCUGGUGGUUGUAAACUGCUAGGUGUUUUAGAUUAUCAAGAUGCACCUUUGAAUAAGUUUCCAGUAGCAGUUGUUGAUCUAUAUCAUUUAAGAUAUCUAAGCUUAAGGAACACAAAGGUGACAAUGGUUCCAGGUUACAUAAUAGGGAAGUUGCAUAAUCUAGAAACACUGGAUCUUAAGAAAACUUCUGUCAGAGAAUUGCCUUUAGAUAUACUAAAGCUUCAAAAGCUUCGCCAUCUCCUUGUGUAUAAAUUUAAUGUCAAAGGCUAUGCACAGUUCUACUCCAAACAUGGUUUUAAGGCCCCCACUGAAAUAGGAAAUUUGAAGGCACUACAAAAACUUUGUUUUGUGGAGGCAAACCAAGAUUGUGGAAUGAUAAUAAGGCAGUUAGGGGAGCUAAGUCAACUAAGAAGGUUAGGCAUCUUGAAACUUAGAGAGGAAGAUGGGAAGGCUUUCUGUUUGUCCAUUGAGAGAUUAACCAAUCUCCAUGCCCUUUCUGUUGCUUCUGAAGGUGAGAAUAAAGUCAUUGAUCUUGCGUUCCUUUGUUCGCCUCCUCCGUUUCUUCAACGCUUGUAUUUGUCCGGGCGUUUACAAGAGUUACCAAGUUGGAUACAGUCUCUCCAUAGCCUUGCUAGGCUAUUUCUCAAAUGGAGCUGUUUAAAACAUGAUCCACUAGUAUAUCUGCAGGAUCUGCCAAGCCUUGCACAUCUUGAACUAGUUCAAGUAUAUGAUGGUGACACAUUGCAUUUUGUGUGUGGAAAGUUCAAGAAGCUCAAGGUUUUAGGCCUUGACAAAUUCGAUGGACUCAAACAGGUGACAGUGGGGGAGGAUGCAAUGCCUUGCCUAGAAAGGCUGAGCAUCGGACGCUGCGAAUUGUUGAAGAAGGUUCCAUCAGGAAUUGAGCACUUGAGUAAGCUCAAAGUCCUUGAGUUUUUUGAUAUGCCAGAUGAACUGAUGAAGACAAUAUGUCCACAUGGUCCAGGAAAAGAUUACUGUAAAGUUUCACAUAUACCAAAUGUCUAUUCUACCUAUUGGAGAGAUGAUGGUUGGGAUGUUUAUGCUCUAGACAGUUUCAGCAGAGAUUGUUCUCCCCGGUCUGGCACAGUCAUGAGAAGUCAUGAACCUCGCACUCUGUGGAAGGUGUAGCUCUAAAUUGUGGAAUAGUAAAGAACAAAACUUUGGUACAAUAAUUCUUCAUUAUGUGCUUCUUGUUUUUCAAUCAGAAUUGGAGUUCCAGCUUAAUAAUCUAUGCCGACAUUUAUUUUAUUGUGUGGGCUAUAUAUCAAGGUGAUAUUUCAAUUCUGGUUAGAGAACAAAACCGAUAGCACAUAAGGAAGUGUACCUAAGUCCAUAAUAAAAUGUGAAUAGCAACCUUUGUACAUGACCUAAAUUGUACCAUAAAAAAUUGAGCAGACUCAUUUAUUGUAUAGAAGUCAGUGCUCUAAAUAAAGGUGUAGGUUUUUAUUCACCUUUGUUUAAAUGUGAUCAAUGUAAAUAGCAUAAUUACCAUUGUCAAAUAGACUAUUGUAUAACAUAAUUCUUCCUAUUUUUUUAUGAUUACAGAAAAAAUGUGUUAGCAUCA